AUGUGCAAGACAGGCAAGGACUUUUUUUAUCACAUUGAUUUAAAAAUAUCUUUAAUAUUGAUUAAACGUAAUAAAACUUUGUUAAACCGACAAUGAGAGCCGUGUUGGACGCGUAAAGCGUCAAUGUAGAAUCGGUGACGCAUUUUUCGUUCCUGGCUCGAAUUUUGCAGUUUCUGAACUUUAUUCAUAUUUUACUCUCUUUCUACGAUUUUUUCAAAACAUCUUGAAAUCUUCAGAACGUUAUCGUAACGCUCUGAGAAGAGCCGCGGCGUCAAAACUCCAAUCAGACAAAGGACUGACGGCUGAGCGCCUUGAAACACUUUCAAAGGUAUUUUCGAAAUUGCAUUUUGAGUCAGAUAUCAGUUUUAACUUGAUAAGUUAACUUUUUCGACAGAAGAAGGCUACUCUAUCAAAAACGGGGAAAAAAUGAACUUUCUCAUCAUUUCAGCACUCAAAAGAUGGCUUCAUCGAAGAAGAGGCCGACGUGAAGAGCGAGUCGAAAACUUUAACCGAAGAAGAUCCGUUUGAAGAACUUCCAACUCGGUUCGAAAGUUGACAUCUGGAAAAUACAUGGGAAAAUUACAGGUCACCACCAACUGAAAGAAAAUCCUACCGUCGAAAAUACAAGUAUGGACGGUACCAGCAAUAUGGGUAUCAAUACCAGCCAACAUCUAAUAACGCCUUGCUUUAUAGGUACGGUAAACUUUGAUUAAAAGGAGAACUUUCGGAAUCUCUUUAGAUGUGUAACAUAUAUCGGGAAAGUUCUUUGUUUUCUAGAAAAUGUAGUUAUCUCUAAAGUUUAUCGAACACUCUUCGAUUUUCCUUAUUCUUCUACUUCUUCUACAUGUAUAUCUCCGCGACUUAUCUUGUACCUCUCACAGUUCAAAUAUAGUCUGUUCAGAUUUUGAAUGUCAAGUCGUCGCUCAAGCUCCGCCCCUAAUGGUGCGAUAAACCCAUCAGAGAGCGAGCCAUCCACAGAGUGUUUUUGAAUGACGUCACUGCACUUGAUAUUAAAAAUCUGAACAGACUCUAUAGACGAAAAAGUCGCAAACUUCUUGAUAAUUGUAGGAAAUUAAUCCUCAAUUUCCUAUUUUUAAAAAGAAGUCCUGAACUUCCGGAGAGUUACUCUGAAAUGGAGCGCCACAACUCUUUAUCUGCCAUACACUGUUUCGUGGUUUUCUCUCAGCUAGAUAACGACGAAAUAGUGGGUGUCAGAGAAAGAGUCGCUCCAUAUCAGAGUCGAAAGUUCAGAACCCAAAAAAUGAAAUAUGAGCAAAAUAAAAGAAGAACCGACUCUGACCUUUUUCCAAACAGCUUCUCUCUGCAGAGUCUACCCCGGACAGCAUCCGAAAGACGAUUCCUAUUGCUCAGACAUGCGCGGAAUGUUCGCUUACACUUGUCAGCCGAGUAAGCCUUUGCGGAUCGACCUCGUCGAGUUCUGCAAGGUAAGGCAUGCAAGUUCAACUCGGAAUAUUUCUACCGAAGGAUUUCAGGACUACGCAGUCUUCUGCAACGUGCCAAACUUCCACCGUCUCCCAGGUCCCCGGAUGGGACCACCCAUCGGAGAUCGAUCCGUGAGGAGGAAUUUCAGAUCACUUGGGAAAUCAUUUGUUUUCUAGGUUGGCCACGUCGAUGUCAACGGCCACUUCGGGUUCGGCGUUGGCUCGGUUCCAGGACUCGAGGUCGGCGUCGGCUGGGGCGUCGACGUCGGACCGCUUCCAGGCGUCGGUGAAAGUGUCGGCGUCGGUAUUGGUGAGUAGAGAGAGGUCGUCUCGAAGCGAUUUGCGCAAAUAGCUGGUUGGGUAUACUGUAUUUUUCUUACAUUUUUUUUAGUUGUGGCAAGUUGGCAAGCCACGAAAACAAAUAAAAGUAUUAGCUUGUGAGAAUUAUAUUUCUAGGCUCUUAAUCUUCUUUUUUUUCAAAACACAAGCCGAGAAGAUACAGUGGCGUCCAGAAUUUCAUGUAAAAAACAUGUUAGCUCGAAAAAAAAAGAAAAUUUCAAAAUAAGAAGUUCUCCUUGUAUGGGAAGUUCCCUUCUGGUUGCCAUUAUAAUGGUAGUUGCUUUUUCGCGGAUUUUUUUCCACAAAGGCUAAAAUACAUGUUUAAAUUAACGUAACUGAUUGGCAAGAGCCAUUUUUUAAAUCAAAAUGACCUUUUUCUGCACAUCUGUGCUCUAUUGGGAUUCGAGAGAUUCCAAGCUUUCUCUAAGGUCUAAGGUUGCGAUGAAAAUUGUACGAUAGCUUGGAAAAUAAAUAAAUUGUGGCAAGUUGGCGUGAGUUGAGGUCUCUUAAUUUGGAGCAUUUAUACGAAUGACUUUCUAGGCCUCGACCUUGGCAUCUUGGGAUCAAAGUCGCCGGAAGCGUUCCGAAGAGGACAGGACGAUCCGAACGAGAAGGGCGGCGGCAUCGUCGGAAUCAAUGGCGGCGUCGGCGUCAAGGCUCCAGGGACCGGUGGAAUCGGUGUUGGCAGCGGUCUCGGCGUCGGCAAAUGA